AUACCAUCUUUCAAUCAAAUGUGGGGAAAAAUAACCUCGCAUAUUGGAGUAUGGUUUGGGCUGGAGGAGGCCGAGAGGCCUAUGAGAGCAUCGUGCUCACUGUCUAUGAUACAUCAUCCACAGCUCACCGCUGUUAGGAGUUCGAAGUCGUCGGAGAACUUGCAUAGGAUCACCACAAUGUCGCCGCAACGAAUUCAGGACGUGGACGGCUCGCCGAGCACCCGGAAGCCGUCCUCGUCAAUUUUCACUUUGCGUCGGAGUCGGAAUAAGGAGAAGAAAUACAAGAAUAACGGCGGUGGAGGCUCCACCAAAUCUCCGAUCUCGAAAAACGGAACAAAUGAAAUGACACAAUCAUGGCACUCCAAUCAUGUGAAUGGGGCAUCAUCGGGGUCCGGAAGUGGAAGCACACCAGAACAUCAUAAUAAGAAUAUUUUCAGCUUUUUGAGCCGCCAAUCACGUUCCCGCUCCAACAAUCCAUCUGAAACCAUGUCAACCGUGCCCCUAAACAAGAACUCUCCAUCAAUGCCACCACCACCAUCUAGCAACACUGUGGCCGACUUCACACAUCUUCGAAGACGUCGACCACGAUCAGCACACUACGAUCCAAAUACGAUAACGCUUCCUGCGAAGGAGGAAGUGACACCGCAGGAUGUGAAUGAUCUGUACAAACGAAUUGACAAGCUGGGGGAAGGAUCUUAUGCAACGGUGUAUAAGUGCGAAUCGAAACUUGACGGAUCCAUAGUCGCCUUGAAAGAGAUCAAACUUCAAUUUCAAGAAGGUCUCCCAUUCACCGCUAUCCGUGAAGCCUCGCUUCUCAGAAACCUCCGUCAUGCGAAUAUCGUCUCUUUGCACGACAUCUUCUAUCAACACCACCAGCUAACUUUUGUGUUCGAGUACAUGAAAAUGGAUUUGAGCAAGUACCUGGAGCAGAACGUCUAUGGGUUGGAUAGCAUUGACAUCAAGCUUCUCCUCUUUCAACUUCUCCGCGGACUCGAUUUUUGUCAUAGGAAGAAGAUUCUUCAUAGAGAUUUAAAACCACAAAACUUGCUUCUCGACGAAGACGGUGUUUUAAAACUCGCAGACUUUGGUCUAGCCAGGGCGAAAUCUGUGCCGAGUAGGACAUAUUCUCACGAGGUGGUCACUUUAUGGUACCGCCCGCCUGAUGUUCUCAUGGGAAGUACCGACUAUUCAACUUCCCUGGAUAUGUGGGGAGUCGGUUGCAUAUUCGCUGAAAUUUGCACGGGCGCCGCUUUGUUCCCGGGAUCCAAGGACUCUCACUACCCCGGCACCAAGGACCAGUUGGAUAUGAUCUUCAGCAUUCGGGGUACUCCAGACGAGAAAAAGUGGCCGGAGGUAAAGACAUUACCAGGCUACACCCCUGAACUGUUCCCCAGGUAUCGGGAGUUGUCGUUCAUCGCGGUGAACCCGAUGUUCACGAAGAUUCUGAAGACUGGUCAGGAACUUCUGGGGAUGCUUCUUCAGCUCCGCCCGGAAAGCCGUGUCUCCGCAGCCAGUGCAAUGCUUCACCCCUACUUUGCCUCAUUCCCCCGCGAGGUUCAUCUCCUGGCUCCAAGCCAGUCAAUAUUCCGGCUCAAAGAGCUGAAAGAUCUGCGAUCACUAUAACGACCAAAUCUACUACAUCUCCAAUUUCUUUACACAUAUUUUCUUGCUCCAAAUUGCUACGGGUGCUAAAAGCUAAUAUAAAUGUAUGUAUGUA